AUGCCCCAACGAAUCCACUCCACCGGCUCCCUCAACGCCUUCAACCCCAUCCUCGUCACCCCCGUCAUCGGUACCGAAUUCCCCAAAGACAGCUGCAACAUCGUCGACGACAUUCUCAAUGCCCCGAAUUCCGAACAGCGUAUUCGUGACCUUGCCCUCAUCCUCCAAAUGGGCCACCUCACCACCCGUCCCCCAUCGCACGGCCUACACAUCCACCCCGUAACCAACGACUCACGGGAAUUCGGCGACCCCGAUCCCCAAAUCAGCACGAUCAACUCCGAGGGCCGGAAGAAACUCUACAAGGGCUCAGAUUACACCCGUAUGGCGGCGGUCUGGCAUAGCGAUAUUGCGUUUGAGAAGGCGCCGGCCGAUUUCUCCAGUCUCAGGUUGACGCAGUUGCCUGUUACCGGGGGGGAUACGUUGUGGGCUUCCGGGUAUGAGGUCUAUGAUCGUAUUAGUAAACCCUAUAGGGCGUUUUUGGAGGGGUUGAGUGCGACGCAUGUUGGGGAGGGGUUCAAGAGGAUGGGGGUUAAGGUUUAUGAGGGGGAGAGGGGCGCGCCGGUUAAUGUGGGGGAUGAGUUGGAGGCGGUGCAUCCGGUUGUUAGGACGAAUCCGAUUACAGGGUGGAAGUCGGUCUUCCCAAUUGGGGCCUUUCCGAGCAAGAUCAACGAGUUGAAUCGGCGAGAGAGUGCUAAUAUGCUGCAGUACUUUCAUGAUCUGAUUACCUACGGUCAUGAUCUGCAGGUGCGGUUCAAGUGGAAUGAGCCGAAUGAUAUUGCCAUCUGGGAUAAUCGCAGUGUGUUCCACACAGCCACCGGUGAUCACGAAGGCUUCGGGCCUAGAAGUGGCAAUCGCGCUGUUGGCGUGGGUGAGGUGCCUUACUUCGAUCCCGAGAGUAAGUCGAGGAGGGAGGAUCUGGGAAUCGAGGAUACGCUGUCUCCGGCUCAUUUGUAG